AUGCGAGUAUCUGUCAUUCAAGAUUUCAGGGAAGAUGAAAAUGAAGAUGAGGAGGAAGAAGCAAAGGACAAUAAACCUCGAAUGAUUACCUUUCUCUUACAGGUCUUCCUCAAGCCUGUUAUUGAGGACAGAAAUAUGGAACUGGCCCGAAAAUGCAGUGAAAUAAUAAGUGAUAUACACUAUAAAGAAGAGUUUAAAAAAUCUAAGGGCAAGUGCAUAUUUGUACCUGACACCCCGCAGCUAAAACAUGUGAAAAGUCUCGGUGCUUUUAUUUCUGAGGUGAGGUAUAAAGGAGCUGCUAAGAAAGACCUUUGCAACUGUCUUUAUCAGCAGAUGCCAGCCACAAUUGACAGUGUAUUUGCAAAAGAAUUAACACAACUUCAGAGCAAGGUUCUCUAUAAACAAAAACAUGAUGCUGAGAAAGGAACUUCAGAUUAUGCACGUAUGAAGGAGCCUCCAGAUAUUAAGCAUGCCAUGGAAGUCAAUAAAUACCAGAGUGAU